AUGAAAAGUGAUUUUAGGUUUUCCAAUUUGUUAGGCACAGUAUAUCGCCAGGGAAACGUUAUCUUUUCAGAUGAUGGGACUAAAGUGUUGAGUCCAGUCGGGAAUCGUGUGUCUGUUUUUGAUUUAAUUAACAACAAAUCUUUCACUUUUGACUAUGAGCAUAGAAAGAACGUUUCUAGGAUUGAUUUGAAUAAACAAGGCAAUUUAUUAAUCUCAGUUGAUGACGACGGUCGUGCAAUUUUGGCUAAUUUUAAAGCAAGAACCGUAUUGCACCAUUUUAAUUUUAAAGGCAAGGUUCACGACUUGAAAUUUAGUCCAGAUGGAAAAUUGUUUGCAGUAGGAUGUGACAGAUUUGUCCAAAUUUGGAAGACACCAUCCGUCGGAGAAGAUAGACAAUUUGCUCCAUUUGUUCGCUAUAGAAUUCAUGCAGGCCAUUUUGCUGAUGUUAUAUCAAUAACUUGGUCUAAAGAUUCAAGAUUUAUUAUUUCAACUUCCAAGGAUCUAACUGCCAAGAUAUGGUCUGUAGAUAAGGCUGAAAAAUCUUUAGCCGCGGUAACCUUUUCAGGACAUAAGGAUUAUGUUAUCCGUGCAUUUUUCAGUGCUGAUCAAGAAAAAAUAUAUACAGUUUCUAAAGACGGGGCAUUAUUUCAAUGGGAAUACACGAAAAAAAACCAGGAUGAUGAUGAUGAUGAUGAUGAAGAAAACGAAGAAGAAGAAAUUGAUAUGUCGAAAUACAGCUGGAGAAUUACCAAGAAAAAUUAUUUUUACACUAACCCAAAUAAGGUCAAAUGUGCCACUUUUCACCAAGAUUCUAAUUUAUUAGUUAUUGGUUUCAGUAACGGUGAAUUUAGGCUAUACGAAUUACCACACUUCACCUUGAUACAGCAAUUAUCAAUGGGUCAAAAUGCGAUCCAAACAGUGUCUAUUAAUAGUACUGGUGAAUGGUUAGCCUUUGGUUCCAAGAAAAUUGGCCAGUUAUUGGUUUAUGAAUGGCAAUCAGAGUCUUAUAUUUUAAAGCAACAAGGCCAUUUUGAUAUAAUGAAUUCCUUGACAUAUUCUCCCGAUGGUUCUAGAAUAGUCACUGCAUCUGAUGACGGUAAAAUUAAAGUAUGGGAUGUUGUAUCUGGAUUUUGCUUGUGCACUUUUGCUGAACAUCAAUCUGCUGUUACUCAGCUUCAGUUUGCUAAAAAGGGACAGGUUUUAUUUUCUUCCUCGUUGGAUGGCACUGUAAAGGCUUGGGAUUUAAUAAGAUAUCGAAAUUUCAGAACUUUUACUGCAUCUGAAAGAAUACAAUUUACUUGUUUGGCUGUUGAUUCUAGCGGCGAAGUCGUAUGUGCUGGCAGUCAGGAUUCUUUUGAUAUCCAUAUUUGGAAUGUGCAAACUGGUCAGUUACUAGACACUCUAAGCGGCCAUGAAGGACCUGUUUCAUGCUUGGCGUUUAGUGCCGAAACUAAUAUUUUAGCCAGCGCAUCUUGGGAUAAGACCAUAAGAAUCUGGAGCGUUUUCGGUAGAUCGCAAACCGUUGAACCAUUGGAAGUCUAUUCAGAUGUUUUAAGCUUGACUAUAAGACCAGAUGGCAAGGAAGUUGCAGUGUCUACUUUGAAUGGUCAGAUAUCUAUUUUUGACGUUGAAAACGGUAAACAAAUUGGCAAUAUUGACUGUAGAAGAGAUAUUAUUUCGGGAAGACAUUUAGAAGAUCGAUUUACCGCUAAAAAUUCUUCGAGAGGUAAAUAUUUUACUUGUAUAAAUUAUAGUUUUGAUGGUACUGCUAUAGUUGCUGGUGGUAAUAACAAUUCUAUAUGUUUAUAUGACAUUUUAAAUGAAGUUUUGUUGAAAAGAUUUACGGUGUCUUCUAAUAUGCUAAUAAAUGGUACCAUGGAAUUUUUAAAUAGUAGCAAAAUGACUGAAGCUGGUACAUCUAUAGAUUUAGUAGAUAGAGAUGGCGAAAAUUCUGAUUUUGAAGAUCGUAUUGAUAGUACUUUACCAGGCAGUAAUAGGGGCGGUGAUUUGUCCACUCGAAAAGUUAAACCUGAAGUAAGGGUGACUUCCGUUCAGUUUUCACCAUCUGCAACUGCUUUUGCCGCUGCUUCUACGGAAGGUUUAUUGAUAUAUAGUGUUGAUGAAAGCAUUAUAUUUGAUCCUUUUGAUUUAGAUUUUGAAGUUACACCUGCUGCAGUUAAUGAGGCAUUAAACGAAAAAGAGUAUUUAUCUUCGCUAGUGAUGUCUUUUAGAUUAAAUGAAACACGGCUAAUUAAUAAAGUUUAUGAAUCUAUACCAGCAAAGGAUAUAUCGUUACUAACUGCUAAUAUACCAACAGUUUAUAUUUCUAGGUUGCUUCAAUUUAUUGGUGAUUUUGCCAUGGAUUCUCAACACAUCGAAUUCAAUCUUUUAUGGAUUAAAUGGAUUUUGGCAACCCAUGGUAAAUAUAUCAUGUCUCACAAAUAUGAACUGACUGCUGCUUUAAGAUCUGUACAGAAGUUUGUCGCAAGAAUAGCUAAAGAAGUUGUUAGCAUUUCCAAAAACAACACAUAUUCUUACUUGUUUUUGACCACCACUGAUGGAACAGAUGAAAGAAUGGUCCAAUCUGAAGAACUUGUUCAAGAUGUUCAAGAUAGUGACAUGGAACUUGACACCGAAGAUAAGAAAGAGAUGGAAGAAGAAAUAAAUGGGGAAGAGGAGGAUGAUGAUGGUGGAGAAUGGCUAGGGUUUAAUGAAAAAAAGAGUACAUUAGUCUUAGAAGAAAAGGAUGAUGAUGAUGAUGAUGAUGAAGAAUUAUUAGAUUAA